CUUCAAACGUAGGCGUGACACGCAAUUCAGGGUCAGGUUAACUUGCUGGACGACUCGAUUGCCGCUAUUGUGCGUGUACAAACGAAGAUUCGAGCUUGAUCUGAUGCUUCUAGCUAGUGCUAUGCUAUUGCAACUACUUCAAGUUGGUACGAGUGCUGAGACUCAGGAAAUGAUGUUGAUACUAGUGGGGGCGCCCGCUGCCGCAUUCCGGGCAACGACAUCGAAUUGCCAUCCGUCGUACUUUCCUCCGGGGCACAACCUAAAGUUGAAUCUGGUCGUGGAGACGGUUGACUUGUCGAGCUGCUGGACUACUGAACUACUGUUGCGGCUCAAGUGUCCGAAUAUCAGGGGUGGCUGGUACUUUCUUUGUACUUCGCUGACUCGGCAGGCUUAUUUUGUCCAUUUCAAAUACCAGAAGGAUGGCGUGAAUGAUGACUGACCAACGACUGAUACCCUGGCCCUGUGAUCUCGAGGCCCCAAAGCCACCUGCACGGUAAUGCUUGUGCCUGGUCCCAAUGUCUGACCCGCGCCCAAAUCGUCCUCGAUCGAUUUGCGAGCUUACACAUUUACUGACUCUUGUAUUGAAAGUAGCCAAUGUAUGGUAAUUGCUGUGUGAGCCACGAUGAUCGACC